AUGAGCAGCCAAAAUCUCUUUGUUACUGUGGAUCCUGAUUCUGUUUCCAUUGCACCUUCAUUACCUGCAGAGGUGUCUCAGACCCUCACAGCCUUGAAAACCUUAAUCAUGGCUGUUAAUCAUAAUUUGCAGGUAGCAAUUGGUCAGAUCCACAAUAACACUGCUGAUCUUGCUACUGCCAACAACUCUUUCAAAACCAUGAUGGUGGCAUCACCCAGAUGGAAGGGCAAGUCAAAGCCCUGGAGAAUAUUAUCUCUGCUCUGGCUGGUGCCCUCAAGGAGGCCCAAGCUUAACCUACCAGAGAAGUUUGAUGGUAGUAACAAAGACAAAGCAGUUUCAUUUAGGGUGGCUGUCUCUCACUAUCUGAGGGUUUCAUAUCCCCAAGCCUCAGUUGAGGAACAGAUAGCUUUUAUUAUCUCUUGCCUGGAGGGUAAAGCUCAUGAGUGGCUUGAACCCUACUUAGAAGAGGAUGUUGUCAAUAAUCACCCAGUGGCUUGGCUCCACAGUAUCAAUGGGUUCUGGUUGCAGUUCAAUGCAAGGUGGAAUGUCCAGAACAAGACUGAGAACUAUAGGGCUAAAUUCAAGACCCUAAAGCAAACCAAGUCUGUUCAAGAUUACUACAAGGACUUCCAAACCUACUCCCAGAACCUAGGGUAUAAUGACAUAUCCCUAAGGGACUUUUUCUAUGAUGGCCUGUCUCUCAAAAUCAAGGAGAUGCUUAUGGCUCAGGACUAUGACCAUAAUGCCAGCAAUGUUUCCUUAGAGAACCUUGCUGAUAAAGCUCUGAAGAUUGACCCGCGCCUAGAACAGUUCCAGGCACAACACAAGGGCCAGACCAAACUCCUGUUCCAAAAGGGCACUACAUCGUCAACAGGAGCCUUGGGCAAUGUGACCAGGGAUAAACUCACUGUUGGGGAUAAAGUGUACAUGAUUGGACCAGAUGGAAAAGCAAGGAAAGGCACCAUUUCAAAAAUUGGCAAAAAUGCAAAGGGCAUGUCUAUUCCUACUGUGAAGUGGAAUGAUGGCACUGUGGUUGAGAGUAGCUUCAAAAGUCUCAAAAAGGACUCACAUCCUGUAGACCCCUCUCCAGUCCAGCCAAAAUCUUCCAACUCUGGACCAAGCCCUAUGGAUCUUGACUCUGCAGGAAAGGGCAAAAAACCUAUUGUAUGCUCUACCUGUGGAGGAAAGGGACACUAUGCUAGCCAAUGUCCUUCCAAUACAUACUCUGGCUAUGAAGCCCAUCUAUCUGAGAAUGAGUCGGAAAAUGGGGACCUCUGA